AGAGGGGGAGGUCGUUCUACCGCAACGGAGCCAGAACGAAGAAUCUCCGCGCGUAGGACCAUCAAGCGGCCAGAGAUACCCACAGCUGGAGAUGGACAUGAUGAUCCGCCGCUGCCCCUUCCUAUCACGGGUUCCCCAGGUUCUGCUGCAGAAAGCUGGGAAGAUUCUGGCGGUUUAUGCACAGAGGUCUCCUGUUAUCAUGGCAUCCAGGCCUUUCACCUGCACCUUCUCCAGCUUCAAGAAGGUAGACCAAACUGCAGGUGCCAAGCAUCCCGAAAAGCUGGUGGUGGGUCGCCUUCUUCCAUCUUGGGGUCACCCUGAGACCUCGUGGUGCCCGUUCCUGGUGACAGAGAUGGAGCAGGAGAUGAGUGGUGUGGUGCGGAAGGCACAGCUGGAACUUCAGGAGGAUGUGCGAGAGAUGCAAGCUGUCCGGACAGAGCUCGCAGAGUCCGUGUUGAAUCCUGCCGUGGCGAAUAUCCCUAAAGAAGAAGGUGAAGAGCAGGGGGGUCUCCUAACCAAAGUGCUGAGACGGCAACCGAUGGCAACGCCUCAACAGCUGCAAAAUAACAUGCCCAAAACGAUGUCCAUCUUCCAUUAUGACAUGUUCUUCAAGAAGAAGAUUGAAGAUAAAAAGGAUGAUCACACCUACCGUGUCUUUAAAACUAUAAAUAGGAAGGCAAAAUUUUUCCCAAUGGCGGAGGAUUACUCUGCUUCAACGCCCUUAGCCCGCAAGGUGUCGGUCUGGUGCAGCAACGAUUACCUGGGAAUGAGCCGUCACCCAAAUGUGGUUCGUUCCGUCAUGGAGGCUUUACUGAACCAUGGUGCAGGAGCUGGAGGUACACGCAACAUUUCUGGAACCAGCAAGUUUCAUGUGGAGCUGGAGCAACAGCUGGCAGAACUGCAUGGCAAGGAUGCUGCACUGCUCUUCAGCUCCUGCUUUGUGGCUAAUGACUCCACCCUAUACACUCUGGCCAAACUGCUUCCAGGCUGUGAGAUCUACUCUGAUGCUGGUAACCAUGCCUCGAUGAUCCAGGGCAUCAGAAACAGUGGGGCGACCAAAUUCAUCUUCCGGCACAAUGACGUGGGCCACCUGAGUGAGCUGUUGGAGAGGUCUAACCCAUCAACCCCAAAGAUUGUUGCCUUUGAAACGGUGCACUCUAUGAACGGUGGGGUGUGUCCUCUUGAGGAGAUGUGUGACAUUGCCCAUAAGUUUGGUGCCAUCACAUAUGUGGAUGAGGUCCAUGCGGUUGGGUUAUACGGUGCACAAGGAGGUGGGAUCGGAGACCGGGACAAAAUUAUGCACAAGAUGGACAUCAUUUCCGGAACACUUGGGAAAGCAGUUGGCUGUGUGGGCGGAUACAUUGCCAGCACGACUGAGCUAGUUGACACGGUGAGGUCCUACGCUGCAGGCUUCAUCUUCACCACCUCAUUGCCACCGAUGUUGCUGGCUGGGGCGCAGGAGUCUAUCAAGGUGCUGAAGAGCGAAGAGGGUCGCGUGCUCAGGCUCCGUCACCAGCGCAACGUGAAGCUGCUCCGGCGAAUGCUCAUGGAUGCCGGCCUGCCCGUGGUGCACUGCCCCAGCCACAUCAUCCCAGUCAGGGUUUCGAACGCAUCCAAGAACACUGAGAUAUGUGAUGUACUCAUGAGCCAGUACAACAUCUACGUCCAGGCCAUCAACUACCCCACUGUCGCCCGGGGCGAAGAGGUUCUGCGCAUUGCUCCCACACCGCACCACACCCCGCAGAUGAUGGAGUAUUUUGUUGAAAAGCUGGUCAUGGUGUGGAAGCAAGUUGGCCUGCCAUUGAAAUCACAGUGUGCAUUGUGUACGCUCUGCCAGCAGCCGCUGCACUUGGAGGAGAUGAGCAAGAAGGAAAGGUCCUACUUCAGUGGGAUGAACUACAUGAUUUCAGUUAGUGCUUGACUUUUACUUUUCAUCUAUAGCAAGUACGAAUAUGAAAUAUGUUCUGCGUGUGCCUAGUAUUGGGCCACUGUCCUCAACGGGAUUAGCAAGAAGUUUAGAAAUAUUUAAUCCAUAGUAUGAUAAAGAUGUACUAUGUGACCAGCUAGACCAAAUCAUGUUUAGCUGCACACAUUCAUACACCUCAAUUAGGGCAGAAAGAUUGAUCCAUGGAUAUCAAAUGAUAGCGCUCCAAAACUUGCUGUUCAUCAGGGAUGGAAUGGGCUCCUUUACCUUCGGAGAAGGAAGACCUUUUUCUUUUUUGCUUUUCGGAUUUUCUUUCCAUCACUGCUUUGAUAAAAUGUGCCAGUGUGGUUAAGUAAUGUGAACUGUGCCCAGAUGGUUUAGAAGGUGCUGCCCUGUUUUGCAACAUGCCUUUGUCCUGAAGGAUAGAGCUGCUACGAUGCAAAACAAAUUUUAGAGACAUCUGACAAAGCUCAAUUGCAUCGUAUUGUACUAGACACAAAGGUGCUAUCUUCUAUUGUUGCUUCCAACAUCUAUGUAAUUAUUCAAAAUUUAUGGGUAAAUACAAGAAAGAACCAAAAAUAACACUAGUAAUCUGUUGGAAUUAAGCUGUUUUGAUUUGGUAGAAGAAAGUUUAAUUCAUUUGCAUUAACUAAGGAAAAUGGGCCUCUAAUACAUUAAGGUUUUUUUUUUUUUUCUCCCUAACAGUAGAUUUUGUGACCUAUUUGAUCUUUAAAGAUGUUAUUAUACAAUCUCUUGCAUUUUGGGAUUGUAUGAAAGCAUCAUUUAAGAUGUUUUAGACGCUGAGGGGACAUGGCAACGAUUGAGGACAGUUAUAGUGUCAAGUGGCCAAUUGUAGAGGCAGAGGUGGCCACACGGGCAGGACAAAGGCCAAGGACAGCAAGGACAUGGUCCCAUCAAGAUGUAAGAGAAACAGCCAAAGUCAUCGCAGGCACAGAAUGAACAUAAGAAAAUGGCCAUGUCAAAACGCAACAGUGGCCAGCUAGCGGGGGCCUUCAUGCAUACCUUCUCCGACACUGUCAGACCAGCUGCUUAUGUGUCCGUAUUCAGUCGUCUCACGGUCAUCAUCAACUUAGCUUGUGGACAGUGGGGAACAUCAUGAUUCAUUCAGGAGCCACAGCUCACCAGUUUAUACAGGUAUGAAGUAUUCCCCAAAAAGUUUAAGCUUUUCAUAAGUAUUUUAAUGAAAAU